GAGGAGACGCCGGGAUGCCGGGACUGAAGAGGCUGCGCUCCGGGGGGCUGUCCGCGGUGCUGGCGGCUCUCACCUGCGCGCUGCUGCUGCUGCCAGCCUGCCCUGCCCGGGCACAGAAUGACACCGAGCCCAUAGUUCUGGAGGGCAAGUGCCUGGUGGUAUGUGACUCCAACCCCGCCACUGACUCCAAGAGCUCGUCCUCCUCACCUCUGGGGAUCUCCGUCAGGGCGGCAAAUUCCAAGGUGGCGUUCUCUGCCGUCAGGAGUACCAACCACGAGCCCUCCGAGAUGAGCAACAAGACGAGGAUUAUCUACUUCGACCAGAUUUUAGUAAACGUGGGAAACUUUUUCACGCUGGAAUCAGUGUUUGUAGCUCCACGGAAAGGAAUCUACAGCUUCAACUUUCACGUAAUAAAGGUUUACCAAAGUCAAACAAUACAGGUCAAUCUGAUGCUUAAUGGGAAACCAGUCAUCUCAGCUUUUGCUGGGGACAAAGAUGUCACUCGUGAGGCAGCUACCAAUGGAGUUCUUCUGUAUCUGGAUAAAGAGGACAAAGUUUACUUAAAACUAGAGAAAGGCAACCUGGUCGGCGGUUGGCAGUACUCUACCUUCUCUGGCUUUUUGGUGUUCCCUCUGUGAAGUCUGUGACAAUCACCCAGGUGCAGGAUACUAGACAAACCCUUCACCUUUGUUAUUUGAAGAUCAUUCUCGUCAUUGAUGGACUGGUGUCUCUCUCAAGUGACUUUUCAUGGUGGAACUUGGAGUCGAUUCCAAAAACAUUUCAAAGAAAAUAUUUUGUGUGUUUGCAGUAUAUUUGGAGUCCAUCAGACAAUGAAUCUAUAUGCCUAAUGUUGCAAGUCUAAAGCUGCCUGCAACUUCUAUUCACUGAAAGGAAUUUAUCUAAAAAGGAAAAAAAAAUGUCAUAGGCCUAUACAAUGAGGACAAAGGAGGUUGAUUUAUUGCUGUUUACGUUGCAGACUUCAAUGGAAGAUUCACUUGUUACUAAAAGCGUAAUAGUAUUUAUAUAGUAAGAAUACUUGAUGAUGGCGGUUGCAAUUAUCCUGACAUCAUUUGAGUUUUACCAAUGUGGUUACCUUAUUGGAUGAUCAAAACUUGACAUUUGAUGUAAUCUUGAACGUGAACGUGUCUUCAACGUGUAAAGCUAACCAAUCUUGAACGUGUAAAGCUAACCAAAUGGUGGAGAGUUAAAGGGGAAGUAUCAUUGCUUGUUGACCCUACAGACUUCUCACUCCCAUGUCACCUCUACAUGCUUCAUAUUAGCCUGUGCCCUGUAUUGGCUAUGACAGUAUGGUUACCACAUUGUAGAAACUUGGGGCUAUCUCCUUGAUAACAAUCCCAGUUCUUAUUGGGUUAUGGUUAGUGUAACAUGAUGAAAUGCCUGCAGUUCUCUUCAAUGGAUGGCUUUAUAAGAAAAGAAUAGUCCCAGCAUUUGGCUAAUAAACGUUUUAAUGAGACUAGAUGGGUGCCACCAUAAUUAUAGGAUAUUCCCAUAUUUUUAUUUGCUCCACAACAUAAAAAUAAUGAGCCAGCUUUACACAUAUUCUUUCUUAGAAAUCUCCUACCAUUUUGUGUAUAUAGCUCCUAUGCAUAGUUGUCUCUAUGGUUUCGAUCUAUAACGAAUUCUGUAUGUAGCCUCAUCCUGCAGACGUGUAUUACUCUCCACCUUCUUGCUAACUUUCUCGUGAGCACGGUACAGUGCAAGUAAGUAGUAUUCACACACAUGUUUCAGAAAUCAUAGAUUGUGCCAAAGUCAUGAAGAAAGGAUAGGAGAGAAAGACACUAGUGCAUUAAGAGAAGGGGAAACGGAGAACAGCUUGUCAGGGAACACCCACUGAGCCCAGAACCUGCAGCUCCACAAGAAGCAUGUCAAAGCAAACAGAAAUAACUUAGAUCAUCGUAAAUUUCUCGAGGUACACUGAAAGAUCUCAAAAUCAGUAAAGGAGCACAUACCUUUAAACUGGAUCUUCUCAAGUGGACUCCAUUCCCU